CAGAUUGACUCKUUGUCUCGCGCUCCCUCGAAUCCAACAUGGCUGACGACCUUCUUGGUGACUCAUCUUACGGCGAAGAAACAGCCGAAGAUCCUGCUGCUGACUUCCUAGCAAGAGAACAAGACGAACUAGCUGAACUAGGAGAAGAUUUAGAAGGCGUUGGAAAUGCAGAUGAGGGUGAUAAUUUCGAUUUGUUAGAAGACAGCACAGAACCAGUCGUAAAUGGAUUUGGGGAAGAAGAAAAUGAUAGUUCCUCCGCCCAACAAUCUGCUGCAAGUUUACURUCAAGACAAGAAGAACCAGAAUCUGUCAAAAAAUGGAGAGAGGAAAAAGCUGCACUUCUCGAAAAAAUGGACGAAGAGGAAAGAGAAGCGAUACAAGAAUGGAGAGAGCAAGCAAAGAAGGAACUUAAUGACUGGUAUGACAGACGUGAUGAACAAUUAGGAAAAACAAAAUCAACUAAUAGAGCUGACGAGGAAGAGUUCGUAUCUGACAGAGAUGAUACAUCGAAACCAGGACACGAUUGGGAGAAAGUYUGCAAAGCCUGCGACUUUAAUCCCAAAGGAACUAAGAACAAUAAGGAUGUUUCUCGCAUGCGUUCAAUCUUUCUUCAACUCAAACAGAACCCUCUCGUCAGAGACUAAUUAUAACCCUCAUGUUAAGUAUUUUGAAUUGUCACAGUGGUGGAGUUUGUAUCUAAUUAGUCUUCAAAUUAUAUUGUCAAAAAAUGGUAAAGUUAAUCUCGGCUUUAUAGGGAGAGAAGGUUGAAAGUAUAUUGUACUUUUUCAAAAAAUUACUAACUUUAUAGGAAUGUAAUGUUGUUUCUUUCUUUGAUUUCGCUGACAAACAAUCUUUUUCUUCUUGUUGCUAUAAACGUCUGUGCUUGUAUGAUGAUGCCGCAGACUACCAUUUCACAUUUGCUUUCCCUUUCUUUUAUUUCUCUCUUCCCAUUGUUAUGGGACUUGGAGGAACGAAAACAGUUUUAUAAGGAAUUAAGUUUUAAAGUAUUGUUGGUAGCAAUCAAAGAUACUUUGCAAUUGUUGAAGUUAUUGUUUUUGUAUGGCAACUGCUUUCUAAUAUUCUUUCAAUCAUAAAUUUUGCUUUAAAAUACUAAAAUAACUAAAAGUUAAAACACAGAAACAGAGGGUAACAAAAACAGCCAUUUUUAUUCCAUGAAAAGCAGUGUCUUUUUCUACAAGGGUCAUAUAAUGUUGUAUUUUUUUUCUUACGCUGUGCAUAAAGGUCCUUCAACCCAUUCAAAUUUAAUUUAAUUCUCUUGUAUUUGCAUCACAAAUAUAAAGCUUUUCAUUUCAAUAUUGGUGUUUUUAGAUACACCAAUAUCUUAUCACCUCCACCAACUUAACCACUAAUUAAUAAAAUAAUAUUCAAGGGAAUAACAUUGUAUCAAAAUUGGAAAACAUUAGCACUCAUCUAUAGUGAGGUCCUCAGCAAUAGACUUUAUUCAUGGUGUGACAAUGUUUUCCCAAUUGAACAUGACAAACCUCAAGGGGAAUAAACAGCUAUAGUUUUGAAACUCGUCGGAAUAUCGUUAUUCCUUUGUAUCCUUUGGGAUACUUUUUCGAAGAGAAAAACAAAAGAAAAUGAAUCCUCUGGAGGUUUGUCACGCAGAAUUGGGAAAACAUUGUAAYACCACGACUCGGGUCYAUUAUUCGAACAGCUAAGCUAAAAGUUGAUUGUAACCCCAUUGUUUUUGAUUCUGGAGUAUCUCUGUACUGUUGUACCUGGCUGUUUUUGUUGGUCCAAUGUAGGCAUUGUUUUGGAUAACUGUCGGCUUGUUUUAAUUUUUAUUGUAUGGUCGGUCUUGUUUAUACAAUGUAACUAUAUGAUAGAAGUAGUAAUUUAGACACAGAAUUCAUGAUCAUGGUAUACGCUAUAAGAUGAUUUCUUGUAAAGCAGUUCAGUAGGAAUAAAUAUCUUCUCUUUUUA